AUGAAAACAAUCUUGGAUGAUAGAGACGAAGUUGGGGAACAGCAUGCUAAGGAGAUAACAAGUAACCUGGAUUGGAAAUCUCUAGAGAGAGAUUUAUAUUUGAAGGGUAUAGAAGUGUUUGGAAAAAACAGUUGCCUUAUUACUCGAAACUUACUUUCUGGCUUGAAGACUUGCUCGGAAGUAGCUAGUUACAUGUUGGCUGAGGAGGAGUCAAUGCUCCAUGGAUCCAUGCCACUUACAAAUGCAAAUAACGAUGAUCAGGCUAAUGCAGAGAGCACGGACGAAGAGACGCCAAGAUCACAGUUGCAGCGGAAAAGGGGGAAAUAUUCUCGAAAAUGUGGUGGACUCUCAGCUAGAUGGAGAAAAAAGGGUGAUGGGCAAAAACGAAGUAAUACACAGUAUACUCCUUGUAGGUGUCAAGGAAUCUGCACAAAGGAAUGCACUUGUCAUCGUCACGGUACUCGUUGUGAAAAAUAUUGUGGGUGUUCAAAGUUUUGCAGAAACCGGUUCCGAGGAUGUUAUUGUUCCAAGAGUCAAUGCAGAAGUAAACUAUGCCCAUGCUUUGCAAUCAACCGUGAAUGUGACCCAGAUAUUUGUCGAAAUUGUUGGGUUGGUUGCAACGAUGGUUCACCAGGGGAGCUAGCCGGGGGUGGAAAUGGUCAUUGUGGAAAUAUGGAUCUUCUUUUGGGGAAAAAAGAGAGGAUUCUUUUGGCAAAGUCAAAUGUUGUAGGAUGGGGAGUUUUUGCAAAGAACCCAAUUAAUAAAGAUGCUUGUCUCGGAGAAUACACAGGUGAACUAAUCACUCACAAAGAAGCGGAAAAACGUGGAAAACUAUAUAAUCGAAUAAAUCACUCAUUUCUUUUUGACCUCAAUGAUAAGUGGGUUAUUGAUGCUCGUCGCUAUGGAGACAAGUUAAAAUUUGCAAACCACUCAUCAAAACCUAAUUGUUAUGCGAAGGUGAUGUUUGUUGGAGGAGAUCAUAGAGUUGGCAUAUAUGCCAAGGAAAAUAUCAAAGUUGGUGAUGAGAUUUUCUAUGAUUAUUUCUACAAAAAAGAAUGUGCACCAUCAUGGGCACGUCCAUCUGAUUAUGAGGCUUCUAAUGAACAUGGAUCAGCUGUUUCACAACACAAGGCAAAGGAAGAAAGAAAUAAGAAGUCACUUAAGUGA